GCUGGAGGAGGGGCAGCGGCACAACAGGCAGCAGUGGUCGGCCGGAAGGAAUCAUGUUUGUUGUGAGUGACCAAACAGCUGACUGAAUGUUUGCUUUCAUGCAACUCAAGGUCAGCAAGUUCCGGCAGCCUGAAUGAAGCUCGGUGGCGGGAUGCUCACUUAACACGUGCCAACCGUGUAUGUAGAACGGAGGGCGAGGAUGUGAAAGGCUCUGGAUUACCCGACCCAUCUGCCAUCCGGUUUCGUUGGGGGAAUGGGCCCGGCCUCAAUGCAGGAGGAGUCGAUGAUCGAGUCUCAGGAGGAGAUGGAGGGCUACGGCUGCCUCCUGCAGGCCCAAUCCCAGCUGGAGUACACGCUGCAGCAGGUGGGGGUUCCCGUGAGCAUGAAGGAGGUCGGCGGCUAUAUCGAGAAACAGGUUGCCUACUUGUCAGGUGGCCGUGGAGAAGACUCCAGCAUCAUCAUCACGCUCCCGGAAAGCUCAGCCUUUAAGGACAUACCGGAAGAGGCCUUGGCCAAAGUCUUUACUUACCUCACGCUCAUCCCUCGGACAAGGCAACCGGGUGUGAAGUUCAUCAUCAUUUUAGACCGCAGAUUGGACACGUGGGCUUCUAUCAAGACUGCAUUGGCCAGAAUAGCAGCCUCCUUUCCCGGGAACCUCCAUCUGGUGCUGGUGCUCCGACCCACCAGCUUCUUCCGCCGCACCGUCACUGACAUUGGCUUUCGCUUCAGCCAGGAGGACUUCAUGCUCAAAAUGCCCGUGGUGAUGCUGAGCUCCGUCACAGAUCUGCUGAAGUACAUCAACGAAAACCAGCUGACGUCAGAGUUCGGAGGCACGCUGGACUACUGUCACAGCGACUGGAUUGUUUUACGAACGGCCAUUGAAAGUUUUGCUGUCACAGUGAAGGACGCGGCUCACUUGCUGCAGUCCUUCGGCACUGAACUGGCCGAGACGGCCAUGCCGAGUGAGUGCGACGCCAUCCAGAGUCUCCUGGAGUCUCACAAUGAAAAAUACAAGAAGCUCAAGGAGGCCAUUCGAUCUUUGUCAAGAGAGGGACGACAUCUUCUCGCAAGCCUGGAGACCACUACGACCACCACCAGCACCACCACCACCACCAGGGACAACGACGACCCUCACUGGGAUGUCCAGCUAGACUGGGAGACGGUUCAACGGCUCCUGACCCAACUCAGAGACAUGGAGUUGGCCUUCGAUGGCUACUUUGAGAAACACAUUCAGAAACUGGAUCAGUACCUGCAGCUGCUCAUGUACGAGCAAAGUUUUCAAGAGAUGGAGUCAUGCCUGUCUCGUGUGACGUCUCAGCAGAGUGAGCUGUCUACGACGGUAAACACUCUGGCUCAAGCAGAGCAGGCUCUCCAACAGCUGGACUCUUUGGAAACUCUUGCUCAGGAAGUGAUGUCACGUGCCCAGAUGGUUGUUUUUCACGGGCACCAGCUGUCAGCGAGCCACCACUACGCCACGGCUCUCAUCAUGCAACGCUGCAACGAGCUGCGGCAUCACUGCGAUAGCCUCGAGGCUGCUCUGGGCAACAAACGCUGUCGUCUCUUGCAAGCGCAGCAGCUCCUCCUGUCUUUGGACCAGGCCCAGACCUGGUGUGAUGAAGCAGCCUAUAUGCUGGCCAAUCAACUUGUGGAAAAGUUCCAAUCCAAGGAAGGGGCGCAGACUGCUUUGAAGGCCAUCGAGAGCUUCCUGGAGGGCUCGCCGUCCAUAAUGACAUCUGGCCCUGAAGUUCUGGCUCUGGAGUAUGAAGCUGUCAUCACCCCUCAUCUACAGGGGAAGAUCGAUAAAACGUUUGAGAAGCACACAGCAGUGCAACAGAUGAUCCUGAACCGACAGGCUGGUCUGAGGAAGCUGGCCGACAAACACGUCCGACCGGUCCAGCUGGUGGCCCCCCGUGCUGAGAACCCACCUCGCUCCAAAUCACCAAUAUUCUCCCCCAAGCAUGCUGAAGCUUUGAAGUUCACGUUUGAUCUCCCUCUGCCUGGAAAGAGAGCGUCCCGAAAAGGUCCCAAUGCUCGCAAAAUUGAGGUCAUUCACGACUACCAGGAGAGCCGCAGCUGUGUAUCGUAUGGCGUGGAAGGAGAAGACAGCCCGGAUGUCCUCAAGCGUCACGUGAUGAGGGAGCUCAUUGAGACGGAGAGGAUCUACGUGGAAGAGCUGCUGUCGGUCCUUCUUGGCUAUAAGGCGGAGAUGGAAAACCCACAUCUGGCUGUUCUCCUGCCGCCUGUCCUGCACGCAAAGAAAGGCGUCCUCUUCGGAAACAUGCCCGACAUCUACAACUUUCAUAGCAGCUUGUUUCUCCAGGACCUUGAGGGAUGCCUGGACACCCCCGAAGGUGUGGGGCUUUGCUUUCUUGCCAGGAAGGAGAACUUCCAAAUGUAUGAAUGCUACUGUCAGAAUAAACCGCGCUCCGACGCUCUGUGGCGGCAGUUCUCAGAUUGCGCCUUCUUUCAGGAGUGUCAGAAGAAGCUGGGCCACAAACUAGGCCUGGACUCGUACCUGCUGAAACCAGUCCAACGCCUCACCAAGUAUCAACUACUGCUCAAGGAGCUGCUGAAACACAGCACCGACUGCGAGGGAUCAUCUGAGCUGCAGGGGGCGCUAUUAGCCAUGCUGGACCUGCUCAAAUCCGUCAACGACUCCAUGCAUCAGAUUGCCAUCACAGGAUAUGAGGGGGACAUUUGCGAGCUGGGCCGCGUAUUGAUGCAGGGCUCAUUCAGUGUGUGGAUCAGUCACAAGAAAGUGCCCACACGCAUGAAGGAGUUGGCCCGCUUCAAGCCCAUGCAGCGCCACCUUUUCCUCUACGAGAGCGUGUUGCUCUUCUGCAAGAAGCGGGAAGAGCACGGGGACGGCUGCGAUAAGACGCCCUCGUACGGCUUCAAGCACUGCAUCAAGAUGACUGCUGUGGGGAUCACAGAGAACGUCAAAGGAGACCCCAGGAAGUUUGAAAUCUGGUACAGUGGCAGGGAGGAGGUGUACGUGGUCCAGGCCCCGAGCGUGGCGGUGAAGAUGUCCUGGCUUAGCGAGCUUCGCCGAAUCUUGACCAACCAGCAGAGGCUAUUGCGAGAUGAGGUUCAUCAAAAUGGACAACCAGUAGAGCACAUGCAUCUUUCUCCACCACCUUGUGAAAGUAAGCAACAGAGGGCGUCGGUGAGCUCAGAGGACACCGAGUCGGUGAAAAGCACCCCGGACGCCCAGCGGCGUGCCCCCAAACGCCAGCUCAACCGCAGGAGUUGGCCAGGAGCUCAUCAUGACUCGGUGAAGAUUUGCGACGGUCUGGACGAGACGGGCAGCGACCGAGACGCUUUCCACCAACCGGACAUGCAGCUGGUGAAACUGUCUCGAGGCAGAUAUCGGGCCAUGGCGGACUGCCUUCAAAACAGAUCGGACAGCGUACUCAUCAAAUGCGGUGAUGUCAUCCAGUUGAUGUGCGAAGACAGCAAAGGCCGCUGGCUGGUGAAAAAUCUGAGUCGACAACAAGAUGGCUUCAUUGCGUCCGCCAGCCUGCAAGUGACCAUAAGAGGGGGCAGUCAAGCAGGCUCUUCCAGACUCAGGGAAACAGGCAAGGUCAGGACAAGAAAGCUCAGCUCUCCAUAGAGAACAAGAUAUGUGAUGAGACCAAAGAAGGACGUUCCGUCCUGGUUUUGUGGCACUUUAAGACUUUGGACUUCUUUACAUUCUCACAGGUUGGGAUUGACAAUCCUUACCCCCUGUGCACCCCCACACGGCCUUUGUGUUGUCAAUGUAUGCCAAGCACAAAAACACUGGGAGUGUGGCAUCCUUUCCCAGCAUUCCACAGUGCUGAUAUGAGUGGGAGUGGCUCACUUUUUGGCAACUUCCUCCGUCAUGUGUGUUUGGCUUUACUGAAUGGACGCUCAGUCAAGGAGAAAUCGUCAAAUUCUCAAUUCCAGAGAAUGUAGUUUGAAGAAAAUCAUGGACCUGAAGAUCAUAGCACGCAUUCAUCAGAAAGCUCUGAUAUAAUUGCAGUACUCCUACCAGACAGUAGGGGGCUUCUUGUACUUUCUUAUGUAUCUGAUGGCUGCUGUGAUCCUGUUUUUGUAGACAUCUGGUUGACAUCACACCCAGUUUCUAAGGGAAUUUCUAGCCAUUUGUGUACUGUUUAAGUCCUCGUGUGCUCCUCUGUACGCAAGUGCCAAAAUGUUUUUUUUCCAUCUCUUCUUGAGGCAGCGUAUCUAUACGCUUUUGUCUGAGCAAGAAAUUUUUUUUGAUAAGUUAAGAAUGAAGACAAAAACUUUCACAACAAGCAGAUGGCAGCGAUGCAGGAGUUUGACAUGCAGCACUGUACGGUCUGUAUGUCAGUUUGUGCCCAAGUUGUAAACUUGGCAUGCAAAGUACAUGGGGGGAAUCUCUGCUGGGAUGACCUCAGCUCCACCUACAAUCCGCUGCAGGGGAUACAAUUCAUCUGGGUUGACGCUGAGGGUGGGAGACCGAGCAGUUCUCAUCAGGGCGGUUCUGCCGCAUGGGAACUCGGCUAGCAAGAUAAGUAUUUAUUUAUAUCUAUUUUUGACCAUUGUUGUUCUAAAAUGCAGAAUGAUUAGGAUUCAUUGUCGUUCGGGGUUGGUCUACCUUCUGGUUCACAGCUGAUCCCGUCCCGCCUCAGCUUGUAUCCUUCCGCACAAUAACAUUUGCCUCCAAUGAUGCCCAUCGGCUCACAAAAGUGCCCGCAGUCGCCAUUGUUUAGAUCGCACCUUUUCAACAAAUCUAACGGGAGACAUUUCUUUCUACAUCUUGACAUUGACACUGGGAAUAAAAGUCUAACAUAGUACAUAUAGAUAAAAACAACAACAAAAAAUCUAACUCUAUGGUGGUCAUUUGUUCCACCUGGCUUUCCUUAUUUUGAACCAACAAAGCACAGGGACGACGGAAUUUGGAGUUGUUGAAUUACAUUUUUUUAAUGACAUUUUCAUUUAAGCAAUGGAAGCCCACUGCUUGUUCUAGAAAAAAAAACUGUUCGUAGCAAGAUAGGACAAAAAGUUUGUCCUGAGAUCA